GAUGAUCGAUCACGUGCUUUGGACACUUGAUAUGGAAUGACCUAACUGUAGAACCUAAUUAGAGAUGAAAUCUCAUUUUCGUAAGAGGCUUAAUGCUUUUCGCACCAAACUGAUAAGUUAAACCAUCCAUCUACAGUGCAAUGACGGUAUCCCAGCUUCAGCAGUAGCAGCUCCAUCACUAAAGAGAACUCCCCGGUCGCGAUGAUCCAUCGGUCGUGCGUGCUCUUGGCGUCUUAAUGCUUGACGAGGGCUUGCGGGAUUGAUGCUGCAGCAGUGAAAGGAAAUCUAUAAAUACGACAAUAUUCGCCCACUUCCGGAACCAGUCCGGAAGAUUCGGUCGUUGAAAGAAGAGCAAGAGAGUUCGUUUGUUCAAGACUGCGAUGUCCGCGAAUAAGAAUAGUGGAAGUAGUAUGGACGGUGGGGGCGGUUAUUACUGUUCGGUGCCGGAGUUCUACACCGGGGCCGAAGUGUUCCUCACCGGUGGAACCGGGUUCAUGGGCAAAGUGCUGAUCGAGAAGCUGUUGCGAUCCUGCCCGGACGUUGGCCGCGUGUUUGUGCUGAUGCGUUGCAAACAAGGCAAAACGCCCGAAACCCGCGUGCGAGAGCUGACCAACAAUCCACUAUUCGAAACGCUGAAAAUGAAAAAUCCUGAUGCGUUGAACAAGCUGGUGCCGAUAUUUGGCGACUGCAUGCAGUUGCGGCUGGGAAUGUCCGAACGGGACAUCGACCAGCUGCGAAAUGUGUCGGUUGUGUUUCACCUGGCUGCCAGUGUUCGGUUUAAUGAUCCCCUGAAGGAUGCCAUACUGACCAACGUGCUGUCGACGAGGGAAAUUUUCGAGAUUUGCAAAGGGUUGCCCGCGUUGAAAGCGGUGGUUCACGUAUCGACGGCUUACAGCAAUCCGGAACAUAAACACAUGGAAGAAAGGAUAUACCCACCGAAAGCCGAUUGGAAAAAGAUGCUAGAAUGUGCCCUGCAGUUCGAUCAUCAGGUUCUUAAUAUUUUAACAGAUAAAGUCACAAACUCCGCCCCCAACACGUACACCUUCACCAAAGGUCUUGCAGAGCAGAUAUGCUUAGACUACCAGGACCAGCUCCCGUUGGUCAUCUUCCGGCCUUCAGUAGUAGUCAACACCAUCGACGAGCCUCUGGUAGGCUGGAUAGAUAACCUCAAUGGGCCUUCGGGCAUGUUGCUCGGAGCAGGCACCGGAAUCGUCCGGACCGACCUCCUCCCUAUGGAAAACCGCGUCAACACAAUUCCGGCGGACAUUUCCAUCAAGGCACUGCUGCUGGCCGCCUGGCAGCGUGGAACCAAAGAGCAAACCCUGCGGGAGGACUUCCUCCCGGUGUACAACAGCGCAGCCGAGUACGAACACUCGUGGCAGUACAAAAAGAUGCUGGACUGUGGCAAGGCGAACAUGACCAAGUUGUCCUUUACGAGGCUGCUGUGGGUCCCGGGGGGUAGCGUGACCACGUGGCGGCUCAAGUAUUAUGUGAUGGUGCUGUUUACCCAUAUCCUGCCGGCUUUGUUGAUCGAUGCGCUGUGUUUGCUGACUGGGAAGAAGCCUUUCUUAAUGAAAAUACAGAGGAAGGUGUUCCUGGCGCAGGCCUCUCUGCGUUACUUUGUAUACAACCAGUGGAUUUUCGAAACCAAACGGUUUCGAUCGUUACGGAAUGAGCUGCAAGGCGAUGACAUUUCAACCUUCAGCUGGCACCUGUCGGAAGAGAAGGUCGACCAGUUCUAUUUCGACUGCUGGCUGGGCGUCCGGCGGUACCUGCUGAACGAUCCGGACGAAACGCUGCCCAAGGCCAUCAAAAAGAUGAACCGGCUCAUCCUGAUCGAUCGGAUAGUGAAGGCAGGCUUCGCCCUGCUGGUCCUAUAUCUGCUGUGGCGGAGCUCGAUUUUUCACAACUUGGAAACGCAGCUGGUAAGGCAUAGCCGAUAAAGGGAGAUGGGGGGAAAACGAGGGACUGUGAGUGUUUUAAUAAAAACAUAAUUUGAAGCGUAUUUGUUCCAUUAAAGUGUAUAUUCAUUUUUAUUUCGAACUUUUCCUUUUUCAAGGAGUAAGGAACACAUGAAACAGAAGCAGAAAACUUAAAUGCCUGGAAACCCGUGUUGUGUAGUGGUGUUC